AUGUCAACUAAGCAACCAAAUGUCGACAUUGCAAAACCGAUGCCGAUUUUCGGCUCAACCACCCUCUUCCCGCCAUCACUUCUCCCAUCAAUGAUGCGAUCUCUCAUCAUGCCUUUCCCCUCUCAUGUCGCAAAUCUUCUGCAUUCAAAUUUACCCUUUCUUCAAAUACCGAAGCUAGCUGAUGCAGCAGCCGUCCCUCAAAUGCAACUUCCUCAACAGCUCGCCUCAUUAACCUCUUUGAUAAACGCGACGAAUCCAGAAGUGACAUCAUUAACUGAAGAACUUCCGAAAACGAUCGAAGAACCACCAGUGAAACGAAUCAAAGUCGAGACCGAGGAUGGUGAGGGGAAAUUCGAUCGAACAACCACCCCGCACAGCCACGCGUCAAGCACCUAUUCACCAUCACAGGAAUCCACUCCUCAGCCCUCACCAGCGCGUAAACUCGGCAAGUCGAUUCCCGAGGAGAAAAAGGAUGAAGCCUAUUUCGAGCGUCGACGCAAAAACAACGAUGCAGCGAAAAGAUCUCGAGAUCUGCGACGACAAAAGGAAGAAGCGAUCGCUGCUAAAGCCACAGCACUCGAGCAAGACAAUCAACAACUCAGAAAUCAGAUUUCUCUCCUCAAAACGGAGAUCACCAAGUUGCAUCUAUUGUUGUACACACAAAACUCAGCAAAAGAUGAUUCAAACGAU